AUGUUACAUUUUGAGUAUCAAUUUCUUCUAUUCGCCUUUUCCAAUUCCUUCUUUGUUCUCGUCGUCUCUCGCAUGGCGGACCAAUAAUCAUCAACUCAAUUCCCAUUCCAUAUCCGACGAUAAUUCAGUCCCCAUUUUGCCUAAGUUCUUCCCCGAUUCCUUCAUUUAUCUGCUCUCUUCUCCUACUCUCCAACUUUUGCGUUCUUCCCAGACGCAUUGCUUCGAUACAGGGUUCCAUUCACCACUUAUACCCACUCCUUUGGUUUCCCCUUUCUUUCAAUUUCAAUCACUGGGCUGACGAUAUAAUCUCCAUUCCUAUUUCUACCGCCAUUUUACACUGUGAUGAGGGGCUUCUGAGUUAUUGACGCUGCCUUCCAAUCCGUUAUUUGGGGAAGAUGGGUGAGGGAAAGCGAAUUGCUCUUCUUCAUUCCGUUGCAUUUUCUUUCAAAUAGUCUUUAUGCCAUUGCCAUAGCAUUCUUUUGUCAUCAGGCUGCAAUCCUUUGCAAUUAAUGCUUUUGGUGAAACUUCAGAGGGUUCAAGCGAUAUUGUCAUUGUCAAUUAGAAUUCAGUAACAACGAUUUCUAAUGCAGAAUCGUUGUUGGAGGAGAAUAAAUCUGCAAGACAGGGUGGGAAGUUAGCUAGUCUGUAGAUGAGGAUUAAUUUUUUUUAUCUAGGCUGAGUCAAAUCUUUCCAUUCCAUCCUUCAAACAAUUGUAAUACUGGCGUCCUUCCAACUAGUGUCUUGCCUAACUCUUUUAUUUCAUUGAUGCCUCUAUAAACAAUUAUAGCACUUUCACGAUUUGCUGCGGGCAUUAGGAAGGACUAGUACUUCUGCUGGCGUUGUCUUAAUAACUAUUUAAAGAAUGUGGUUAAGGAUACAAGACGUGUUAUGCUGUCAUGGUUGAUCAUGUUUAAUACUCAUGAUGGAAAGAAGUGAACCUACAUUAGUUCCAGAGUGGCUGAGAAAUUCUGGAAGUGUUUCUGGGAGUGGAAAUUCAGCCCAACAAUUUGCAUCGCCUUCUCCUAACUCAGAUGUUUCUUCGCAAGCUCAAUACUCGAGGAGUAGAACUUCAAAGAGCAUUAGCGAUAUAGAUAAACCGCACAUUGAUUUAUUGGAUUGGUCAUCUUCGUCAAGCUCAAAGAGGAGCUCUAGUCAUGUCUCUGGAAAAAAUGCUUACAGUGGUUUUAAUAGGAAUCAUCGUGAUAGGGACCGUGAGAAGGAGAAAGAAACUUCAAAUCUUGGGGACCCUUGGGGUCAUGACUUUUCUGGCCCUCUGCCAAAUACAUAUUCCAGUAGGGCUGAUAAAGGAGCUUUGCAGCGUUCCCAAUCGAUGAUAUCUAGGAAGCAAGGUGAUUUAUUUCCUCAAAGAGUUGCUGUUGACUCAAAAAGUGGAGGCUAUAAUCGUAACCCGAACAUUAAUGGCUUUCAUUCAGGAAGUACCAUUAAUGGUAUCACUGAUAAGGCUGUUUUUGACAAGGAUUUUCCAUCACUUGGAUCAGAAGAAAGGCAAGGAGGACCAGAUGUAGGAAGAGUAUCAUCUCCUGGCUUGACCACAUCUGUUCAGAGCUUGACUAUUGGAAAUUCAACUUUCAUUGGUUGGGAGGGAUGGACGUCAGCUCUGGCUGAGGUGCCAACUAUAGUCACAGGCAGUACAGCUGCUCCAUCAUCUGUUCAACCGACUGUUGCUGCUAAUUCUGGGUUGGGGUCUCCAAAUGCAACAACUCCACGAAAGAUGGCUGAAGCUUUAACACAGGCACCAACAAGAGCUCGUGCUGCGCCUCAGUCAACUGAGUCACAGAGGCUCGAGGAAUUGGCUAUUAAGCAGUCCAGGCAAUUAAUCCCAGUAACGCCUUCAAUGCCGAAAGUUUCUGUCCUUAAUUCUUUUGAAAAAUCCAAGUCCAAAGGAGCAUCCAGAACUACUGAACUGCAUGUGCCUGCCAAGGGAGGUCAUCAACAGCUCCCUAUUGUGCAGCAUAAUAGUCAAUCUCUUCGAGGUGGACAAGUCAAGUCUGAUUCUCCAAAGGCCUCUCAUGGGAAAUUCCUGGUUCUCAAACCAGUGUGGGAAAAUGGUGUGUUAAAAGACAGCUCAAAUCCUAUUAGUAAUGUCAACAGUAGAGCUCCAAAUUGCCAGCCUUCUGUUGCCUCUUCAGCAACACCGAAGACUUCAAGGAACAACCUGAAUCCUCCAUCCUCUUUGGAGCGGAAGGCGGCGGCCUUAGAUCUGAAAUCAGCAUCCACUUUGGAAAAGAGACCCCCUUCUCAAUCGCAAAGCAGGAAUGAUUUCUUUAAUCUCAUAAAGAAGAAAACUUCCGUAAAUGGUUCCACUAGUCUCCAAGAUUCAGGUAUUUGCACAUCCCCUGUCAAGGAAAAGUCGGGGAUAGUUAACGAGGAAGCAGGUGGUUCUCCAGUGCAGCCUUCUACUGUUACAGAUGAGUUGAUUAGCAAUGGCAAUAUCACCGAAGAGGAUCAGAGGUUUUCCAAGACCGUGAAUAAAAGUUUGAGUCCUAGCAUAGCAUUAUGUACAGAUGAGGAAGAGGCUGCAUUUCUUCGUUCUCUUGGAUGGGAAGAAAAUUCAGGAGAUGAUGAAGCGCUUACAGAAGAGGAGAUUAAUGCUUUUUAUGAGCAGUACAUGAAAAUGAAGCCGUCAUUGAAGCCGAUCAGAUGCAAGUUACCAGAACCCUCCAAUGCUGUCUGAAUACUAAAAAUCUUUCAUGUUGGAUCCUUUUUGUCAGUUUAAAGUCAUAAAAGGAAAAAAAAAAUUGAGAAUGUUGGGCAGGAAGCAGAGAGUGAGUGUUGGUGUUGGUGUUGGUUUGGCGAAGUGCAAUAAGUGAUAGGUUACAAGUCGUCUCUCCUUUCUUACAACUGAUUUUGUUUGGUUUUUUAAUAGAACAAUCGGAAAAAGGGUUGGAUAGGUAAUGUGCUCUUUGUUUGCAGUUGCAGCUGAAGAUGGCGCUGCAAUUUGCAUCUUUUCGGUAUUUUCGCCCUUUUGUUACUCUUUAAAUUGAUCUUAUAAGAUGGCCUGCUUUGCUUUUCAUA